AUGGGAGUGAUGAAAAAACAUUUUCAAUUAGCUCUACUGUUUUGCCUUCUCUGCUUGGAACUUGCUGGCUUUUGCAAUUGUGGUGGUGGUUCCAUUUGCAGAGAAGUAGAAAGGAAGGCACUUGUUGAUUUCAAAAAUGGCCUUAAAGAUCCCAAUGGACGUCUCUCUUCUUGGAUUGGCUUGGACUGUUGCUCUUGGACCGGCGUGCAUUGCCACAACUACACUGGCCAUGUUAUAAGGCUUGAUCUCCGCAGGUAUGGUGGCAAUGGGUCUUUGGAAGGUGAGAUCCGGCCUUCUUUGCUUGUUUUGAAUCACUUAAGAUAUUUGGAUCUUAGUGAGAACUAUUUUAAAUAUACUAGAAUUCCAACUUUUCUGGGUUCACUGGUGAGUCUUCAAUAUCUUGACCUUUCUUCUGCUGGCUUCAUUGGGCAUGUCCCACACCAACUUGGUAAUCUGUCUCGCUUGCAGUACCUUGAUCUUUCAUAUAAUUCUCUUGAUAUGGUUGGAAGCCAUUGGCUCACAAAUCUUUCUUCUCUUCAAUGUUUGAAUUUGACUGGUGUCAAUCUUUCCAAGGCAAAAAAUGUGCUCAAAUUACUGAACACCCUUCCUUUGAUAUCUGAGAUAAACUUAUAUGCUUGCGAGCUUCACGUCCCUCUUUCACUUGGUGCAGAAAUUAACUUUACAAAUCUUCGAUCCCUUGAUCUUUCCUCCAAUGAUAUUAACUCUACCAUGCCUCUUUGGUUGUUCAAGUUGAGUGGCCUUGAGUAUCUUUAUCUUCGAGGUAAUAAUAUUCAAGACCUUAUCCCUUCUGAUAUUGGGAAACUUACUUCUCUUAGGGUCCUUGAUCUCUCAUAUAAUGGAGUCCUAAGUGUUGGACUUCCAACAACUUUGGGGAAACUCUGUAACUUGAGCGAACUACAUCUCUCGGGAAAUGAAUAUUUCUCUGGUGAUCUAAAUAGAUUGGGAGAAACUUUUUCUGGGUGCUUGAAAAACAGUUUAGAGGAGUUGUAUUGGAGUCGUGCAGCACUCAGCGGGCCAUUGCCAAGUUGGUUCGGGAACCUUAAGUCUCUGAAGCUUCUUGACCUUCAUUACAACUCAUUUUAUGGUUCACUUCUUCAGCUCCUAUUACCAUCUUUGCAGGCCUUGGAUCUUUCUUAUAAUAAUUUCAAUGGAACUAUUCCAAAAUAUUUGGGACAAUUAUUACCGGAGCUGGACACGUUGGUCCUAUCUUAUAAUAAUAUAGCAGUGAGAGCCGAUUGGGUUCCUCCACCCAAACUAAAAUAUUUGAAUAUGAAUUAUUGCAAAAUUGGCCCAAGGUUUCCAUCAUGGCUUCAGAAUUUGAAAAAUCUGUCUUCACUUGGAAUGUCAAAUUCAAAUAUUGUUGAUGCGCUACCACUAUGGUUUUGGAACUUCUCUUUGGACAUUGGACGCAUAGAUUUAUCACACAAUGAAAUUAAAGGCAAAAUACUAGCAGGUUCAUCAAAAUUAACCAAUCUUGAAAGUUUGGAUUUAAGUCAUAAUUAUUUUGAAGGACAGUUGCCACAUUUUUCAUCAAAUCUAGCAUAUUCGGAUCAGCCGCAUGGCUUAUUCUCAAGGUCCAAUUUCUCCAAUACAAGCUUUAUACUGCCAAGUUUGUCUGAGUUGUAUAUUUCUUCAAACAAAAUAACAGGAAGUAUACCUAGCUCAUUAUGUGAACUAAAUUAUUUGCAAGUCCUUGACCUCUCGAAGAAUAUGAUUGAAGGAGUAGUUCCUGAUUGCUGGAAUCAUUCUUUGAUAGUAAUGGAUUUGUCUUAUAACAAUCUACAUGGAAUAAUUCCCGCAUCUAUCUUCUCCACAAUUUUGUCAAUUUUGCAUUUGAGCAAUAAUGAAUUUUUUGGAGAGCUUCCAUUAUCCUUUAAAAAUUGUACAUCAUUGAAAACUUUAGAUCUUGGAAAUAAUAAAAUUAGUGGAAGUAUACCAGUAUGGCUUGGAGAAAAUUUGCAGGCGCUAGAGACACUUGAGCUUCGAUACAAUAUGCUUACUGGAACUAUUCCUCCACAAUUGGGAAACCUCACAUUUCUUCAUCUUAUUGAUGUUUCAAAUAACCAUCUAUCAGGUGCCAUACCAUAUAGUUUUGGCAACUUCAGUGCCAUGAAAACUAAUCCUGGAAGAGGUUGGUCAGGCAUAUAUGAUUAUGUGAAUAAUAUUGACAUAAAUAUGAAAGGAAGAGAAUUUCAGUUGGAAGGGAGAAUACCAUCAUUAUUUAUUUGCAUUGACCUCUCAAAUAAUAUAUUAUCAGGAGAGAUACCCGAAGAGCUAGCGCACCUUUCAUUUCUGCAGAGCUUGAAUUUAUCCAGAAAUCAAUUAUUAGGACAACUUUCAGAAAAAGUUGGAGAGCUUAGGUGGUUGGAAGUUCUUGAUUUAUCAGUGAAUAAUCUUUCAGGGGCUAUUCCUCCAACAAUGACCAACUUAACUUCAUUGAAUCAUCUGAAUUUACCAUACAACAAUUUCUAUGGUGAAAUUCCACACAGUGGGCAAUUGCAAGUGCUUCCAGAUCCAUCUAUUUAUUUUGGCAACCAAGGUCUAUGUGGUUUUCCAUUAGAUAAAAAGUGUGAGAUUACAGCACCAGCUCAACCACCCGGGUUGCCAAACAAUGAAGAUGACAACAACUUUGAGGCCAUAUGGUUUUAUUUGAGCAUGUCUCUGGGAUUCAUAUUUGGGUUUUGGGCAAUUUCUGGUGCAUUGAUACUGAAAAAGAGUUGGAGGUAUGCUUAUUUUCGAUUUGUUGAUCAUAUUUAUGACAAGAUCUAUGUUCUUGUUGUUGUAAAUCUAAAAAAGAUGAAGAGAAAAUGUGGUCUUGCCAGUGAAUAG